UGCAGCUGGCCAAUACGGGGAUCGAACCCCUGAACCACGCUCUGACCAACUGAGCUAACCGGCCAUGAGUGACUCCAAUGGUGACGUAAUCAAACUAUCAAAUAAUAAACGAAACCCAGGGAACCGAAAGUUAAAUCUUUUUGGCUGGCAACUCCAUACGGACGAACUUCCAAUCUUUACAGCACAUUUACAAAAUCCUCCAUUAAACACAUAUCUGAAUCAGGAUGUCAGUGCAGUUUUCCGGCUGGGAGGUGUCUGACGAUGGUGCUUCUUUUCCUGGUAUGGAGCUGGAGUCAUCCCAGAAACCCAGAAGCAGGGGCAUCUACACCAUGUUCCAUGGGACCAGCAUUACCACCGCACGAGUCAUCAUUGCCAAUGGUUUUAAACAGUCCUCAGAUGGCAUGCUAGGAAUGGGCGUGUAUGUCAGUCGCAAUAUAAAAAAGGCAACGGCUUAUCCUAUGCGAUGUAGUCCUACAGACAAAGUGGUCCUUCAGUUACAUGUGCGCGUGGGCCGUGUAAAGCGCAUUGACAAGGACAACCAUCCUAUGCAGAAAACCUGGCACUCACAUGGCUACGACACUGCUUGGGUGCCCCCCAAGAUUGGCCUCCUAGCAGUGCGCAGCGGCCUGGAGGAGGACUGUGUUUUUGAUCCCAAAAGAGUGAAAGUGGUAGGCAUCGCAAAGGUGACCUACGAUGAUGAAUCUCCUCGUUUGGAGCUGGGGGCUUCUCAGCAGCCAAAAGACAAGGGAGUCUACAAAAUGUACCAUGGCACCAGCGUCGCCAAUGCUCGGCUCAUCAUAACCAAUGGCUUCAAGCAGUCAUCAGGUGGCAUGUUGGGCAAGGGCGUGUAUGUCAGUCGAGAUCAGAAAAAAGCGGAACGUUAUCCUUUAAAUAACAACCCUUCAGACAGAGUGGCCCUUGAGUUACGUGUGCAUCUGGGCCGUAUCAAGCGCAUUGACACGGAUAACCAUCCCAUGCAGUACACCUGGAGUUCGCAGGGCUACGACACUGCCUGGGUGCCCCCCAACUGUGGCAUGAAAGCAGUGCCCAGUGGCCUAGAGGAGGACUGUGUGUUUGACCCCAAAAGAGUGAAGGUGGUAGGCAUCGCAAAGGCUCCAAACACCGUGCUGGCAGAGCUACAGAAGCUUGUGGAUAAUAGUCUAACAAAUCCCAGCGGAGGAGGUGAUGGUGCUGUGGAUGUGUGUUCACUUUGUAAGAGGAAGACCCAGCAGGGCUCUGCACACAUCAAGCAACAGUGUUGGGGCUGUGGGCAAAACAUCUGCACGCUCAUGACCAAGCAUGUCUGUUCAGCUACAUAGUGAGAGGGUGAAACAAGUCGAUCCACGUCCAAAUGGCCUUGUGGAGGGGAAACCAUAUCUAAAAUAACUAAAAGAGUAAAAUUCAAAGCUCAGGGUGUGACCAUACUUUUCAAACAUGAAUCAAAGUUUCUACUUUCCUUCCCCAUGUUCAAACCUUUUUCACUUCCUCAAUAAACAUCUGUAACUUGCUACAAUAGCUACAGCUGCACAUGUCUCUAGGGGAUCUCUGUGUUAUUUUCAAAGUCAUCUUGUAUGAAUUGGAGUAGUUUCUGUACUGUAUUCUUGACACAUCAGCAAGCAUAAGGAAUAUGUGCAAUCAUGAUGAGACAAUCAUUUAGUUUAAGCCAGAUGCCUUUAUUUCAAUCUGAACAUCAGUUACUUGAAGUGAAUUUCAUUUUGAAGUAAUAUGCAAUAAAGAUCAUGAUUUCUGCAGAUUGUAUUUGAUAUCCUGAAUGCUGUAUAAUGUACAACCAAAGAAUCAUGUAAGGACAAUAAACAUUGUGAUAUGUGACACAUAA